CCACAGCUUAAUCCCCAGCUCCUCAACCGCCACCAUGGCUCCGCACCACGAAGAGCACUACCACCCCAAGGAUGCGAUCGCGGCAUCGAUGAAGACCACUAUGCUCACUGGUGGAGCGGGUCUUUUCGCCUCGGCCGUCCAGAACACCCUCACCAGACAGAACGUCGGCCCGCUGGGCGUGUUCAUCCGGAGCGGUGGUACCGUCGGUAUCUUCGCCGCCAUGGGAGGUACCUACGAAUUCGUGAAGACCGCAUCCGCCAACCUUCGUGAGAAGGAAGACCACUGGAACGUCGCUCUGGGAGGUUUCUUCUCCGGCGCCAUCCUGGGUCUCCGAGCUCGCACAUUCCCCGCCCUCCUGGGCUACGGCGUCGCUCUGGCCACCGCCACGGGCGCUUUCGAAUACACCGGUGGAUCGUUGUUUGGCCACAAGAAGAACACCGAUAUCGACGAGUUUGAGCGUCGGGAACAGCUCCGGAAGACAUACAGAAUCCCCGCAGAGCAGACUCUUGCCGAAUUGGGCGAGGGACGAGGUAUCUAUGGCCCUGGAUACGCCGAGAGACGGGCGGAGAGAAUCAAGGAGGCAUACGGUAUCGAGGUUCCCACAACGGCUCCGGCAUCAUGAACAUGGUUUUGUUAGAUAUCUCUCCUGCGCAGUCCCUCAAUUCUCAGUCUCGUUGUGUAAAACUACUACUACAUCUUUUCUUAUUUCUGUCGAUGCCGUUCAGCUAGCCGACAUGGCAACCUCCACCAAUG